AUGGAUGCACCUCAGCGCCCCUCGGCCACCGGAUUCCGCAUGCGCCCAAAGCCACCCCCGAUCCAAACCACCGCCCUUCAGAAGAGGCCGCAUAUGCGCCCAAAACCGCCGCUCCCGCAAGAUGUCGCGGGCGCAACGUCUGACGAGAGAGUGCCUCUUCGAGCCCCCAAGCCACAUGCCUCCAGAUCGUCACUCCGGACCUUCAUGAACAAGACUAUCUCCAUGCGUCGAAAUACAAUGAAGCCCGAUUCCGCAGCGCCUCUGAUCCUCGAGUCGAAGCCUGUGGUGAUACCUGCUUCAAUUGGCGAAAGCCCUGUCUCCCAGACUAUAUCAAGGCAGAACUCGAUGAAACCCCAGGGAGACCCUGCGCCUAUACAACCUCCAGCCGUCGCUUCGUCCUCGGAUUCAUCUUUACGACUGUCCAAGUCGACAAGAGAAAGACGAGGUCGGGCGGUGUCGUCGUGGGAGCCCCCCCCCUUGUUCAAGGCCUACCCUCAAGCCAUUAAGCACGCCAUACUCUUUGCACCUGAUGCCCCCACUGACAGCAUCCUGCGAGCCCAGCAGCUGGUGAAGCAGGGCAAGAGGGAGCAGGGUCUAGAUACCGACGGUAACGAUUGGCAACCAAAUGACCUCAUUUACAAAAUGGGAUGGACUCGAAAGAUCUAUAUGCUCGCGACCAGCGGCUACCUGCUGCAAUAUAGCGGUGAUGGGAACUUCGACCGUCUGCCGGAGAUGAUCCUGGAGCUUGGAGAGUACUCAGUCGCAUUUGCGAGCGACGCAAUUCCCGGGAAACACUGGGUGUUACAAAUAUCACAAUCGUACGACGGGAACGGAACCACUCCUGUCGACAAUAAAAAAAACUUAUUCUCUCGUCUCCGCCUCACCGACUCACCGAAGAUAGCCAAGUCCUUCCUGCUCGUGCUAGACAAUGCCGACGACCUGGGCUCUUGGUUACAGGUUGUGCGCCGGGAGAUUGAAGGCCUUGGCGGCAAAGAAUACGUUCCAGAGACACCUGUGGAAGAAGAAACACCGCAGAGCCUUCAUCGAUAUCAGAGCAUGACGUCCAUGCGAAAAUCCGACCACGACAGACGUAUUCGCACCCGAUCUUCGCUGUCUGUGUCGUCGAAUAGGUCGCAAGCGGCGCAAACCCUACACGACGAUAUCGCUGUGCUUCGAGCAAAUAGUCGUCGUGGCACCCAGCCUUUCGACACCCCGUCUUUGUCGUCUGCAACAACAGGCAGUGACUAUGACGGGCACCUAAACGGCUCCCGGCUAUCCUACGUCUCAGCUGGUGCUAGAACAGCCACUAGCUCCCAUUGCUCUUCGCCCCCAUCCUCCUCAGCCGAAGUCAAACCUAGUUUGCCCAAAAACCCCUUUUUCGAGUCUCCCGAUGCGUUCAACAGUAGCGGUGCGUAUAACAUUCAUAUGGAUGCUGGACACCGCCCAAUAUCGAUAGUUCGCGAGCCGAGAGAUAGCGUUUCUCUUAACACAACAAACCCGCAGCAGAGCAAUGCGAACCAGCAAAGGGCAAAGCCGCCGCUACUGCCUGCUCCCAAUUUUAGCGUCCCAGUGUUCAGUAAGAGGUUUUCGUCGGCAUCGAAUCUUAGAGCGUCGCAGUCUUGUGCCAGUAUUCCCGCUGUCGAUAUGCCGCCUACUAUACCCGUCAGGUUGCCGUCGCAUUAUAGCUCAGAAACAUUAAUUGAUUCGAGUCCAGAGAGCCUCCCACCCAUCGAACACAAGCCGGUGAAACGUGUAGGAACUGCUCAUGGCUGUACCGCGCCGCCGAGCACGAAAGAUAAUGGAAAUCGGUCCACCGACAUGCCUACCAGCUCCUCAGUGCGCUAUCCUUUCCUUAGCUCGAAAUCAUCGCAGAGCAGGACAUGCAGACACCGGGCGUCCGAGAACAACAUUGCUAAACACUCCCCCAUCGCUGAACUCGCCCCUGAAACGCCCCUGGCCAGCUUGGAUCCGCCGCGACAAACCCAUGAUACCCCGCAUCCCCCUUGUCUCAUGCCGGCCAGAGGUACUAUGCUGCGGCCUCGACGCCCGCUCGACGAAAGCACACCCCCGCCCCAGCGGCCCUUGAGCCUGCAAGCCAAAACACUACACAUAUUUCCCCCGCUUUCCACCACCACCCCUGGACACCCGCUCAAGUCGAGAAACUCCCUGUUCAUACAACCCUCAGCUGUCAAAAUCCAUCGCUCUCCCCCCGAAGACACCCGCAAGAACAAUCUUUCGUCCCGGCGCAGCAUGCCACAGAUGGCGUUUGGUCCUCCGCCCGCGCCGCCGCCGGACUGCCCUCUUCCCGACAUCCCGUCGGUGGCAGCGCAGCGAGUGUCUGCGUCGUGGAAAGCAGCUCCCCCGCCCGCCGCGGGAAGGCCACCGUCCAUGGUUGCACAUCAGACUGGUGCACGCACGACGCGAAAUUUUUCCUUGGUCGCGCAUUCUGCGACGUACAGGGCGUCUGCGUCGAUGCACGCGGGUGGCCUGGGUGACAUGCAUGUUGCUGAGAAGCCAGGCGUCCUGCACGCCUACUAA